AUGUCUACAAAGUUUCCAGAGAUUCAGGGAGGGGGUUCCCUGAUUCUUGCAUGGCAAAUCAAAGGCAAAGAAGUCUUGGUUGUAGGCGGCGGCGAAGUCGCUGCUGGUCGCAUUGUCAAUCUCCUUGAUGCCGAUGCCAAAGUCACAGUCGUCUGUCCAAGGAAUGGGCUCAAUGAAGAGGUGGCAUACCGGGUGAGCAACGGACAGGUCAAACAUGUUGACCGCGUCUUCUUACCUGUUGAUCUCGAACCUGAAAAGAAAGUGGCCAUGGUAUUGACAGCCAUCGACGACCCUGACGCCUCUACACGAAUCUGGAAGUAUUGCAAACAGAUGAAAGUGCCCGCCAAUAUCGCAGACGUCCCUUCGGAAUGUGAUUUCUACUUUGGUAGUGUCCAUCGCGACGGACCCCUUCAGAUAAUGGUAUCAACAAACGGCAAUGGACCUCGACUGGCUGCCGCAAUCCGACGACAGAUCGGCCAGAUGCUACCAGAGGGCACGGGAGACAGCGUCAAGAGAGUGGGCCAACUCAGACGAAAAUUGCGCAAAGUUGCCUCGGGAAAGACCAGUCGAGACAUCAGUAAAAGAAUGGCAUGGAUGAGUGAGGUCUGUGAUAAAUGGAGCACUGAUGAUUUUAACGAUAUGGACGACGAGGACAUGGAUAAACUGGUUCGAUAUUACGAGUCCGGCGAGGUACCCAGCUUCGAGGAGAUUCGGCUAGGAUCUCGCGACCAUGUUGUCUGGGAAUUUGAUGGUACCUUUGGGUGGAUGUAA